CUGACAGGAGCGCACCACCUUGACACCGACGCGUUUUCAUGGAACUGUCACGAACAUAAACACUUUGCAUGAGGAGGACGAGACGCGGACGAGUUGGAUUAUUCUGCCCGGAGACCACCCGGUCCUAGAGACAUGUCCCCCGGGCACCAGGCCGUGUGCUAGGGCUCCUCUGCUUCCGGUAUAAGGCCUAGAACAAGACUCUCUCUCUCUCACUCUCACUUUUCUUUCUCUCUUCUGUUUUUUUUUUUGGAAGCCGAACUUUUUGUCAGAGUGGAAAAUGAGUCUCUGAGAGUGUUGGCACAUUUCCCUGCACCACAAUGGCAACCGAAACCUUUCUCUUGAAUGAAGAACCCUCCAGAGGUCCUGGGAUGCCUGAAUGCUUUGUAGUAUCAGAUUCAUACAGGGAUGAAUUUCAUCCCUUCAUCGAGGCCCUCCUCCCCCAUGUCCGUGCCUUCUCCUACACCUGGUUCAACCUGCAGGCCCGCAAGCGCAAGUACUUUAAGAAGCACGAGAAGAGGAUGACCAAGGACGAAGAGCGCGCGGUGAAGGACGAGCUGCUGGGCGAGAAGCCGGAGAUCAAGCAGAAGUGGGCCUCGCGCCUGCUGGCCAAGCUGCGCAAGGACAUCCGGCCCGAGUUCCGCGAGGACUUUGUGCUCACCAUCACGGGCAAGAAGCCUCCGUGCUGCGUGCUGUCCAACCCCGACCAGAAGGGCAAGAUCCGCCGCAUCGACUGCCUGCGCCAGGCCGACAAGGUGUGGCGACUGGACCUGGUGAUGGUCAUCCUGUUCAAGGGCAGCCCCCUGGAGAGCACGGACGGCGAGCGGCUGGUCAAGUCGCCCCAGUGCUCCAACCACGGCCUGUGUGUCCAGCCGCACCACAUCGGAGUGACGGUCAAGGAGCUGGACCUCUACCUGGCCUACUUCGUCCACUCACCAGAACAAUCAGGACAAUCAGACAACUCCAACCAGCAAGGAGACACAGACGUCAAGCCGCCGCCCAACGGCCACUUGAGUUUCCAGGACUGCUUCGUGACUUCUGGGGUGUGGAACGUAGCCGAGCUGGUCCGCGUGUCGCAGACCCCGGUGGCGACAGCGUCAGGCCCGAACUUCUCCCUGGCCGACCUGGACAGCCCUGGAUACUACAACAUCAACCAGGUGACCCUGGGCCGGCGCUCCAUCACCUCCACCCCCUCCACCAGCUCCAACAAGCGCAAGUCCAUUGACGACAGCGAGAUGGAGAGCCCGGUGGACGAUGUCUUCUACUCGGGCCGCUCGCCGGCGGCCGGCAGCAGCUCUCAGUCCAGCGGCUGGCCUAACGACGUGGAUGCAGUGCAGCACCAUUUGGCCAGUGUGCAGGAGAGGAAGAUUAAGCAUGAGAACGAUGGAGUGCAGUUUCCUUACCAUGGACUGUCACCGCCGGGUUCUCUUAAGAAGCCGGGGAAAUUCGAUUUCAGCGCCCUGUCCUCCCAGACGAGGCCCCCCCGCAUGGCGUUCUCCCACCACCCACUGCCAAUGCUGGCGGGAGUGAGACCAGGGAGUCCCAGGGCGUCGGCCUCGGCUCUUCACUUCCCGUCUCCCUCCAUCAUCCAGCAGUCCAGCCCUUACUUCACCCACCCGACCAUCCGCUACCACCACCACCCGGGUCAGGACCCCCUGAAGGAGUUUGUGCAGUUUGUCUGUGCUGACGGUUCGGGGCAGGCCGCUGGACAGCAUACUCCACGUCAGGCGCCACAGCUCCCAACAGGUUUGUCGGCAUCGGAUCACGGGACAACAACUUUCUGAACAUCCCGCAGCAGACGCAGUCUUGGUUCCUCUGACAAGAUCUGUGCACAAACCAGCAACUAGUAUUCUUUCUUUACAAUCGGAAAAAGCAAACAGAGAAGCAACCCGCAGGAUGACAAUUGUCCUCCAACCCCCCCACCCACCGCCGCCCCCCCGACCGACCGACCGGCCCUGACAGCCCGUCUCACCUGAUUCUAAAUCAAACCACACAGGAGAAUGCAGCCGAGGAACUCUGGACUCGUUAACCCAGUCAGAGGGAGGAACUGUUCUGAGCACCGACGGAAAGAAGGAAAGAUGAAUGGAUGGACCAGGGGAAGCCAGGACGCAGGAAAGAGUGAGGGACACGACUCUCCAGAAAACAAAAAGAAAAACAACCAGCACAACGCAGGACGAGGAAAACGUCUUCUUCUGCUUCUUCGUGAGGACGUUUCGUGUAACGAAGAAAAUCCAACUGUCCAACUAAAUCAAGACUUUUCCAGAUGCAGCAUUUUAACCCACAAAGCCACGCCCACCGUGGAUCUACAGCCAGGUCACAGAAAAAGACGAUUAUGUUUCCGACGAGGGCUGAGGUCCGAGCUCCUGUCGUCACCCAAAAUCCAAUUAACUCUCUUUCUCUCUCUCUCUCUCUCUCUCUGAACGAUUGACUCUAUAAAGCCCCUGUUUACUACUAACCAGAGAGAGACCAUGCCAAAACAUUUCUUGAUUUAAGGGUUGCACUACAAGAAGCCGAAUCAAUUAACACUAAUCUUAACGAUGUGCACUAUUUACCUACAAGGCAUGGGAGGUAAACCAGCCUGUCACGAGUCCUCGACCCCAUUGAUCAGUUCGACCAAUCACUGGCCUCCGCUCAUUCUCACAUGUCCCUGCACAACACAACACACACACACACACACACACACACCUGUGCCAUGACCACAGCAUGCAUGUACAAUUGAAAACACACAAACACACACACAGACACACAGUUGCCCAGUCGCAUCUUUUAGACCGUAGUAUUAAGAGGUGGUGGUGUUGUGUUAUCAGAUUUUCUUACUAUAUGCAAAAUAUAGUAAAUCCCGGUGAACUCUCUCUACCUAUUUGAUUAGACAUCCCAAAAAAAAGCAACACACCCACACAGUGCUGAGAACCAGUGUGUGUGUGUGUGUGUGUCUGCGCAUCAUUACCGACGGACUUUAGACAGCAGCUAUG